GAAGAGGGAGGAGGCGCUGCGCGCCAUGGUGUCCUGCGCGGGGCCGAGGCCGGGGCCUGGGCCGGGCCGGGCCGGGCCAUGAGCCGCUCGGGGACUUGGGACAUGGACGGGUUGCGGGCGGACGGCGGGGCCGCUGGGGCGGCGCCGGCCUCCUCCUCGUCCUCCGUGGCGGCGCCCGGCCAGUGUCGCGGCUUCCUGUCGGCGCCGGUGUUCGCGGGGACACAUUCCGGACGCGCGGCGGCGGCGGCGGCGGCGGCAGCGGCGGCGGCGGCGGCGGCCUCCAGCUUCGCGUACCCGGGGACCUCGGAGCGCACAGGCUCCUCCUCGUCGUCGUCAUCCUCGGCUGUGAUCGCCACUCGCCCCGAGGCUCCGGUGGCUAAAGAGUGUCCCGCGCCGGCGGCCGCGGCGACCGCCGCUGCACCCCCGGGCGCUCCGGCGCUGGGCUAUGGCUACCACUUCGGCAACGGCUACUACAGCUGCCGCAUGUCGCACGGUGUGGGCUUACAGCAGAACGCUCUCAAGUCGUCGCCGCACGCCUCCUUGGGAGGUUUCCCCGUGGAGAAGUACAUGGACGUGUCGGGCCUGGCGAGCAGCAGCGUACCGACCAACGAGGUACCCGCGCGAGCCAAGGAAGUGUCCUUCUACCAGGGCUACACAAGUCCCUAUCAGCACGUGCCUGGGUACAUCGACAUGGUGUCCACUUUUGGAUCCGGGGAACCUCGGCACGAGGCGUACAUCUCCAUGGAGGGCUACCAGUCCUGGACACUAGCCAACGGGUGGAACAGCCAGGUGUACUGUGCCAAGGACCAGCCACAGGGGUCCCAUUUUUGGAAAUCAUCCUUUCCAGGGGAUGUGGCUUUAAAUCAGCCUGACAUGUGUGUCUACCGACGGGGAAGGAAGAAAAGGGUGCCUUACACCAAACUGCAGCUCAAAGAACUGGAGAACGAGUAUGCCAUUAACAAGUUCAUUAACAAGGACAAGAGGCGGCGGAUCUCGGCCGCCACGAACCUAUCCGAGAGACAAGUAACCAUUUGGUUUCAGAAUCGCAGAGUGAAGGACAAGAAAAUCGUCUCCAAGCUCAAAGACACUGUCUCCUGAUAUGGGCCAGGUUGGCCACAGACCUUUCAAAUGCUUUCGGUUGUCUCCAAAAAUACCUUUGGAAAGACUUGAAAAUGUAUUUAAUUUCCCACUUCCCUGCCUAGGAUGGCAAGCAUUGUGAAUCGUUUUUUGGGUUUGUUUUUGUUUUUCUCUUUCAACCUUUAUCUGGCUCUAAAACUUUUUGGUACCCAAUUUGACUUUGUAAUUCUGCUUCUUUCUUGCGUAUUAUUGGUUUUGUUCUUGUCUAGGCUUGUUUUUAGAUUUUUUAAAAAACAUUGUUUCUCCCUCCAGGCCAGUAUAAAAAAAAAAAAAAAAAAACUUGAAGUAUUUUUCAAUAAUCCCCCCAAAUGAAUUUCAGAAGUGCCCGUUGGAUUUAGGGGUUUAUUUUUUUAACGGGACUUUAUAUGUGUUUCCAGCACUGACUAUGCUCAUAAUCCAUUAAGCCAGAUUGCUUUCAGCCAUUCAUACCCUGUGAUUGUAUAAUUGAAUCAUUAGCUCUCAGAAGUUUCCCCAAGGCGAGUGGAAACAGCUCUAGGCACUCAAUGACUUAGGAUCACUGGGAAAGUCUGAAACUUGGAGGUUGGAGGCACAUGUUGGCUUUCAAAGCAGCUACCUUAUUAAUAUUGAAAUGAAGACAAUCUUCCUUAUCUUUGGCAAUCUCAUUUGCUGUUGCAUGUGUUUGUAGCAUGUCUUGUAGCUGUAAUCUUUUAAUCUGGAAACAGAAUGUGCUCAUGAAUGCCUUCAUUUCUCCUACACUAAAUGCAGCUAUUUAAAUACCUACAAUUAGCAGAGUGACUCCCAGACCAUAGAAACUCGCCCCUAUCCUCGGGUCUGUGGGAAUGGAGCUGAGUCCAUCUCCUCAGUCCUUGGAAAGAGACUGAGCCAGUGUGGCCAUGGGUGGGAACUUCUACCCAGAACCUAAUGAAGAAGUUAAUUGUCUGAACACAUGAGCCUCUCAGAGCUUGAAAACCUCUAACACAUUUUUUAAAAUAUGAAGCUCUAAGGACCAAGAGGGAAAAGACGCUUCUGGAAGUGAUGCUGAACUACUUUCAAGAUGUUGCAUAUUUAUGCGACUGAGAUUAUUUUUGUAGAUGCAAUGUGUGUGAGCAGUGCUUCGAGCAUUAAAAAAAAAUCACUUUUUACUCCUAGGGAGAUAUAAAUAAAAAGAACUCUCUGUUUCCACUGAGUCUUCAUACGUUUGUGAUUUUCAAGGUUGUGAAGCCUCUAGAAACUGUUCUAAUUUAUUAUAAAACCUUGCUCUCCUCAGCAUCUGUAGAUGAAGGAAACAACACCAGUUCUGGUCUCUGGAACUUCCAUGUUCUAUUCCUGCCCACCUCCCUCUAACACCAAUAGUGAUGUUUUAAAAUGAGGGUAUUAUCUGUGAUGGCUAAAAUGAUCGUCUUUUAAAUCAGACCAACUCAUUAAGAACUCAAUAAAUUUUGUUUCUUUCAAUAUUA